AUGGAACAUCACUCGGACCCAGCAGACUCCGACACCACGCCUGUGCCAGUGCUCUACAGCAACGAGUGGUGGCCCGAAGAGCACCAAGCUCUCCAGCGGGACACCGAAAUGCUCGAAGCUCUUUACGGGGAGCCCGAGACCACUGCGCAACCUCCUCAGUUGCCAUUGCACUCGAAUGGCGGCUCAGAACAGCCCGACUAUGGCUAUGGCUGGCCCGAAUCUUACCCAGAAGUUUUGGAAGUCCGCUCAGAUUCCAGCUUGCGGUCCUUUAACGCCGAACCACAGGCAGUUGUCCCGGCUUCCGAUCCCUCACCAGAGCAAUUCAACGACAACCUCCUGGACCCAGCUCUGAGGGACUUGGAUUCCCCAUUAGACCAGCAGCCACUCGAUGGCGACAUACAGGCUCUCGCUGCUUCUCAGCCAACACCCCCCGGUCCCGGCGCAGUGCCCUCUGGUAGCUACCAGCAAAUGAAGCAAGACGCACAUGCACCUACUCCUGCACAUAUGAUCCGUGCGGCGAGUCACCUAGUCGACAUUUUCCGAUCCCACGAUGUGCCCAUUGCCUUCUACGGGUCUUGCGCUAUGACGCUGCGUUACCCAGAACGACGCGAAGCGAAUGCUAUUGAGCUGCUGGUGCUGAAGACACUGGAAGAGAUAGAAGAGUUGCUGAAGACUGAUGACAGCAUCCAUAUUGCUCCGUAUCACGUCCGGUCCAUGGGGUCUCGCGGAAGCAAAACUUACCAGAUGGAGGUUAUUGUAUUCAUUCCGAACCCAAAGACCGGAGCGUCGGAGUUUGUCAAAGCGACUAUUUCCGCGUGUUGUGAAGAUCCCCGGCCGUCCCGGUCCGCCCAUCUGCCAUUGUGCCUGCCGUUCCGGCCGGAUGGUACCACAAUGAUAUCUCAUCAAGACUUUCCUUCCCCCGGGGUAUCGGUGAUUGUCACUGGUUUUCAGCUUAUGUCGACGCUGUUGAGGUACCGCAACAGCAGCGACAACAGCAGUGAUGAUUUCUCCAUGGAGGCUCUGGAAUGCAUCACCGACAUCCUCUUGAUCCUCGAGAAGGAAGACGACCUGGCUUCGCAUUUGGCAGGUGCUCGCAGCUACUUUCCCUUUUUCGAUGCAGCCCUUAAUUACUGGCGAGAUGACUUUGUCCGCCACGAGAGAAACGACGCAAAGGCGAGCCAAAGACCAAAAAGCGACAUUGUGGCAACGAUACGACGCCUUGACCAUGCUCUUUUCGGAGAGUCAACCUUCACCUUAGAGGUAUUGGCUGAGAUCGAGAAGGCGGAGUUGGCGAAGAGGGAGGCGUUGGAGGCAAAUAAGGAGACGCCGAAGGCAAAGCGACAACGUCGAAAAGCAGAGGUACCUCAACCACCUCGGACAGCAACACCUCCGGCAAAGACAUCAGGGCCCGAGAGACCACGGAAGAGACAACGAAAAGCCAACGGAUCUCCGACAACGCAGACCGCGCUUGGCUCGCUACCACAGCCGCCACAGCCGGCGACGAUGACAAUGGGGGGAUCGGGGGCUCCGCAGUACCCGCCUCCGCCGCCGCCGCCGCAGUACCCGCCGCCGCCGCAGUCCUCCUUCGCACCGUACUCGUUCGCACCGCGGUACACUUUUGCACCGCAGUACAACUUCGCACCGCAUAACCCGUCGCUGCCGCCGCUGCAGCAGUACCCAUCGAUGCCGCAGCAGUAUUCGUCGGCACCGCAGCACAUGUCGGCACCGCAGUACCAGUGGGCGUAUUCCUCACAGGCGCCUUACCCUGGAUUUCAAUGA